CAUGGACUUUACGAGACUGUUUAUCGUCUUUGCUGAAGUAUGCACGAUCAUUUCAGCUGGAAUACAGGGAACUAAUGAUCAAAUUGAGAAUGCUCAUCGAGAAGGAGACUCUUACUUUUCAACCCGUGACGGUUCCAAUCCACAAACCUGCAGAAAACUUGGAAAAUGUGAGGUACAUCUACAAAGAAACUUACUCAAUAACAGUUGUCCCUCGACGUCGGUCCAGUUUUUUUUAAACUUUUUUUUUCGUGUAUUCGGAAAAGUAGUGGAUUUGACACGAUCAAUAAUGGAAACCAGGAUCGUUGUUAAAAAUCUGUGGAAUUCAAUGCUGAACGUAAAUUUAUAUGCUUAUUAAAUGUCAACUUGAAUCUCAUGUAACCGAACAAUCAUGUAAUUUAUGUAUCUUUGAGCAUUUUAAAAAACGAGCUCGACCUGAGGAAAUGAGACUCUCGUAAAGAUAUCUACCGGUAGUCAUUCGGGAACCAUAUUUAAUUUAUAACAGCUUACGAACUGAAUCAGCUAAAGAACUCGUCUCCUUUAAUUCUUGAUACGUGUUCUCUGAAUUAUUCCCUCCAGUUCACAAAACUUUGAUGUUUGUACAACUGCCCCACUCUAUUAAUAAUUAAAUUGAUUAUGUAUUCAAAGAGCGGUUCAUUCUGAAAAUAGUUACCAGUUAUCAAAAUAGAUGAGUGCUACAUUAAACUCAGGCAGUCUUUCUUAAAGAAAACAUUUAUACUCACAAACAGUUUAUAAAUGUUAUUGGUCAUGCAAACACAUGAAAUUGUUAAUUUUUUUUAAAGUUAGUAGACAUGAGGCUGUGAGGAGCUCAGUGGUCAACCGGUUGGAAUAUGUCAACUUCAAAAUAAAAUGUGCAAUGGCAUUGGCCCUUGAUUCAUGUGAUUGAGCAAACUAAUUUAUCUAUACUGUUCCAUUGUGUUUAGACAUAAUUUUCUGUGUUUUUAUUUUCAGGGCACUCCAGAUAGGCCUCAGAACUGCUGGGGGUAUGAGCCAGGGUGUACCUCAGCAGAUAAAUGGUACAUCAAACCACAGUGCGAUGACAACAUGUCUGGCAGACAUUUUAGAACGUAAGUUGAUAAAAGAUUCACAUAGGUGCUCAGAUAAAACACACCAGAGAUCACUCAAAAUGUCGUAGUUGGUUAUUUUUUAUCACCUUUAUUAGAGAAAUACUUAAUCUUUCCUUAACAAGUUUUGAUCAUUUGUUGGCAUGAACAGGUUAACCAUUUUACCUCCUAAGAGUGAUUAACAUCCAAUUUCACCAUAAAAGAUCAUCCUUGAAUCACACAUUUAACUUAUGAGAAUAAAGGAAUUGAUCAUGUGCACCAUGUAACUAAAGGAGCUUCAAUUGUUAGACAAAUUCUCCUUGUCAGCACUGUUGUAAAUGAGUAAUGAACAGUAUGGAGACUAUACAUACUGAUGUUAGGGACUAAAAGGUAAACGCAGUAAUAUUUCAAGUCUUGAAACACCCUUAAUUUUAGCAUAUCACUGUGUACCUGACUAACUCAAAAGCAAUAAAGGGGGUAAGUUUUCUGAAAAAAUCAUGGUGCUGUGUUGGUGAGAGAGUAUAAUGGGGUAAUUUAGUAUUAUCAACUGAGUGGAUAAAGUAAAUUGGCCUCUAUGAAGAGUUUCAAAGCUGUUAGCCCUUCUUCAGGGUGAAUAACACAAAAGUAAGUUUGAUGAUCCAUCUAUUCUAUUAUCAAUUUGCAGUUGGCAUGUUAAGAUCACAUACAGUAAUUAUUAUUAGCAACAGAAAGUUUACAUGGAAAGUAGAAUAUCUGUACCUUAGUAAUGAUAUGAAAUUGAUUCUUCGUUUCAAUUUGUUAUGUUAUGUAUAUGUUAUAGGAUUGAAGACAAAAUUCACCAGUUCUGGAAAGAAAGUGAUUUUGGUUUUGUGAAAUCUGUUCAGGACAGUCUACAAUUGGUUUGUAAACCAAAGGAAACCCAGGUUAGAAUCUGAAAUUUCUCUUAAGGAGUUUUAGGGUGAGAGAGGGUAUAUAUGGAAAAAUGAGAACAGUGAAGUGUUCUAUGAUCAAGUAACAUUUAGACAUUAUUUUGGCUAAAUUGGCAAAGUCAUCUGCAAACAGUGCCCAAAAGUUUGGCUGAGGCUCAUAACUAUAAAGCAUCAUCUGACUGUCUGGGUGUUCUUCAUGAUAUCAAGCUUAGGAUAAUGAUAACAUUAAUCCAACUCCAACCAUCAGAUAGACAGUAUAACAAGCAGGUGAUCAAACUCAAAAGAUACCACCAAUAUUUGAGUUACAAACUCCUAAUCAACACACACAACAUACUCCAAGUCUCCAAAAGGAUAUGACCAGAGGCUAACUGGAGAUAAACAUUCAACUUAAUGGCUCAUCUAUUAAUUAUUAACUUUCCAGGCAGAUGCCUCAUCUCUUGUUUGCUCCAAGCAGCUGACAUACUGUAAAGCAAAGCAUCUAUUCAUGGAUUUCAGGAAUAUGCCAAAUGGACAAAGGUACAGAUUGAAGGAAGAUCUAAGUAAAGAUUCUGUUUGGGAAUAUAUUCAAUGUUAUUUGUUGAUGACAAAUUUUGAAAAACUGAAAUGACUUAAUAAAUUUGUGAUGACACCUAUUUUUAGUGAUAUAUAGAUCAAAAGAAAAUAGUCCAUCAAACACACAACUGAUUUUCCUUACAGAGAAAAAACUGUUUAGCCAUCAAUUUUGGUUGACUGCAAGUGAGAGUAAUAAGUCAUAAAAUGGCCUUAUAAUGCAAUCAUUUUUAUAAUAAUAAAAAAUGCAAAAUUGACACUGUUCUGAGGAUCAUAUUUUACAUUUAUUAUGAUCAAAUUUGUUUAAUGUAUUAAAAAAAAUUAAUUCAAAUGGAAUUUGUGGGGAAAAUUAGUUCCCUAUUAUCAGGUACUUCCUUCACGAUCAUUGUUUGCUACAUAUGUAAUUAGACAACCCUCAACUUGUUAUUAUUGUGAGGUGGGAUUUUUUUCAAUUUUCCUUGGAGACAUUAGGACCCCAAGGCUUUAAUUUUCACUAUUCAUUACAUGAGAAUGGUUGAUAUGAAAACAGUUUUAAUUGUAUAACAAAGAGGAAGUUUGAAACUUAUAAGCAAUUUACCUUUAGAUGAUACUCUUAGUGUUAAUUUUGUUUUAAAAUUGGAAAAAAAUAUAAUUAACUAUUACUAGUCUUACAUUUGUACCAUUAUCAAUUUACUUUCUUUUGUUGCUGUAUAAUAAAAUGAUGUUGUUGAUGACCACAAUGCCUAGCACAUCAAAGACAGAUAAAUUCAAGCCUCAGAAAAUUGGUGGGUUUUGUGAAGUGGAUGCUAGUGCCCUCAGUGAAGAAGGAAAAUACAGAAUGGAGCUUAGUUCAUGGUAAAAUCAUAUUUUUGAUGAUACAUUGACUGCAAAUUAUGGACUAGUCAACAUACCCCAUGACACUGUUCCUCUGUAUGUAUAGUAUUUGCAUAAUUUAGUUAACGUGAAAAUAGAAAAUUUAACCAUUAUUAUCUUUUUUCUUUGUCAAUGUAAUUAUAUUAUCAUACAGUGAAGAUGAAUGGCAUAAAGUAAUAGAGAAAGUUUACUUUGAAAUUAAGUUUGAACCUCACAGUUUGUUUCCUUUGUAGAUUAAGUUAGUAAUAAACUUCACUAUCUUUCCCUAAUUCCUUGUGUUACUACUUUUUCCAGGUUAAAUGAAGUAGAAGAUUUCUCUUCCUUGUCCUUUAAACCAAACCGGAAAGAACACUGUGAUAUCUUGGUGGAGAAACCUACUUUCUUCAUGAAAUUAGAUGCAGGUUUGUGUAUUUUCCAUUUAACACCCAUAAAGCCUGGUUUAUACUUAGGACACAAUGUAACCAUCACAGAAUGGUAGAAACUUCAAGAAAUAAAGAAGAGAUCAGUUUUUUCUUUGUCAUUGUGUCUCUCAUGUAUCACCUCUGUAAUUAACAUAAAUUUAAUAUUAAUUAUUAUUGAGUAGAUUUUUUUAUUGCAGUUGUAAACAUGUACCAUCACUUCUGUGAUUUUUUCAACUUGUAUGUCACUCAGCAUGUGAAUGGAUCGUUUGAUACUGAUGUCAACAUUGUACUGUGGGAAAAGGUUUGAAAGAUUCCUAAGUUGUUCAUCAUACUAGCAGAGUCCUGACCCCAGUUGGUUGAAAGAUAGUGAUUAAUCUAAGUGUACUCCAUCCAAGGAUUAACAGUUUCACUAGGUUUUGGGUAAUAUUAAAGCUAACAUGGAAGAUUAAAGUGUAAGCAGUAAUACAAACCAUAGACUGAGCUUAUUAAGUUGUACAGAAAGGCUUCUCCCCUUUACUACAUGUUUUGUGAUUGUUCAAACAAAACUUUUAAAUACACAUGCAGUAUCUCAGUUUAUGUUUUAAUCGUAAAACAAAAUAAGUGUUAUGAGCAGUACACAACAUACUCAGAAAAUUAAGCCCUAAACACCUUCAAGUUUUAAGUUCUGUUUAAUGUGUUUUGGCCAUUCACAUUUAGGAUCAGAAGCACCAAACAAAAAAAAAGAUGUUGUCUCUACAGCUUACAAAUAAGUUUCCCUCUGUCUGAUUGGCUUAAUUGUUCUUCCAGAUACAACAACAUUUUAGAUUAAUUAUAAAUAUUUCCAGGGUUCACAGUUUUCUGGGUUUCAAUAUAAACAGAAAUAUUCCAGAGUUCUCCUUAUGUCCCACACCUCUUUUCUAUCUCUUUUGUUGUCAUCUGAUUUUGUGGAAUUGAUUUUUUUAUCAAGCAUGAGAGACGAAGUUUGGGGAACUUUGGAGUAACAUGGAAAGUGUUUUCAUCAAACCCUAUUCUUUAUCUUGGAAAGGAAUAUGAAAACAAGAGGGUAAAUUUGUUGUUGUUUGAUGUGCUACAACUAUUAAAAGUUUACUGGAGUAUUCUUGUCUCGCAUAUCUUUUAAUAUUAGUUUAAUUUGUGUUUGUAGGUGUGUUUUAAAGAAGCCAUCUUUGCCCUUCUGCCAAGAAUGGUGUUUGGACUGUACUAUAACACACCUCUGGUUAGUUUUCUUUCUUUUUCUGUUUGUUAAUACUAUAUGUGAUCAUUUUAGGUUACACUGUAACUUACAAUAGUCUAUUUGAUUGUUAAAUGCCAAGCUUAAGCCUUUCAACCAAACAAGAGUUAGGCUGACAUUUGCGUUGUUUAGAUAGGGCUGAGAGACUAGUUAGUCAAUGAUCUAGUGGCUCUACAUUUUAUUUUAAUACAGAAUCCUUUUUCACCUUUUAUCUACAAAAAUGUUUUAAUAGUCAGAGAUCGUCUUUAAUUUUUCCAGACUCCAGGUUGUUCCAAGAGUGGUCUUUUCAAAGCAUUUUCUGAACAUGUCAUGGGAAGACUGGGCAUUAUCCAAGAGAGGAACUUGCAGGUGAAGAUUGUGUUUUUCAAUGUUUUAUCCAUUGUGGUAUUGUUAUGAUUGUAUAUUUCUACCUAUAAGCACAGGUGGCCUAAGCUCAAGUCUCAAGAGAAAGCAAACUAUUAAUCAUGAAAGUGUCAUGUAUUGGCAUUGGCAGCAUUGUCAUGCAGCUGUGGUUUCUAGCAAUUUCUGUCAUUUAUUAAGCUUGCUUUUCCAUCAUUGUUAUUCCUGUCAAAAGACAAAGUCAAGCUUGACUUUGUCUCGUUGACAUGUUCAGAAUAUUCCAUCACUGUUAUUCCUGCUUGACUUUGUCUUGCUUGACAUGUUCAGAAAAUUCCAUCAUUGUUAUUCCUGUCAAAAGACAAAGUCAAACUUGACUUUGUCUUGUUGACAUGUUCAGAAAAUUCCAUCAUUGUUAUUCCUGCUUGACUUCAUCUUGCUUGACAUGUUCAGGAAAUUCCAUCAUUGUUAUUCCUAUUAAAUGACAAAGUCAAGCUCAAGGUGAUGGUAAGGCAAGCUUAAAACAGCAGAAAUUGUUGGAAACUACAACAGACACAGAGGAUGUCUGUAAGUUUUAUGUGUUAAAUGUUCAUAUUUCGAAAUAUUUAGUAUUGUAAAUCUACCAUAUUUCAUUCCCCAUACUUCUCCUUAAAACGUGUUCAAAUUCUCAAUGGUUCCUCUCGCAACUUAACACAAUGCAUGACACUUUCAUGAAUUGAUUGCUGGCUUUUUCUCAAGAUGUAAGCUGGGGUGGCCUGUGCUAUAAGAGGCAUUUUGCAACAUACUUGUAAUGUCUUAGUUAGUUUGUUUGGUUUUGUGCAGAAUAUUUUGCACUUUGAUGAAGGAGUUAUUUUUUUAAAAUAACUGUGGUGCUACAUCACUGGGUGAGUAUAACAAGAUAAUUUGGUUAAUGUAAACUGGCCACUUAAGAUUUUAUAAGCUGAUGUUUCAAGUAUUAUUAGCUGUUUGUUUGAACAAAUGCCAUGAUAGGUAGAUGCUCGAAACGUCAGCUUAGAGACUCUUUACAAUGGCAAAUUUAUACUGUCAACUCAGUUAAUGAAACCAAAUUAUCUUGUUAUUUAACACUUUUCAUUUACAUGCCUUAUCUUUCAUUUACCAUUAUUAAUUGCAUGCUGAACUCCACUGAUCAUGUCAUCAUGAUCAAUGCUCAAGCCCUGAAUGAUCCACAUUGCAUAACAAUCUCAGGCCAGGCACUCUCACAGUGCAUCUUUCUACCCAGGAGUAUAACUGCAUAGUCACCAACCUAGUGCCAUGGCUACCUGUGAUGGACCAACAGCCAACCGGUAAUACACUUCUGUCAGUGCUUCAUGCUUUAGAAGCUUCCUCAGUGAUGAGGCACCAGGCUCAGAUAAGACUUGCUCAGACCAACUAUGUAACACUAUUAAAAUACACUUCAAGGUAAUAAGAUAAAGUAUUUUUAUUUUCAGAACAGCAGUGAACCAAUUCGUAUAACAUUGCUAUCCAGAGGGACAAAGUUUAGAAACAUUUUAAAUGAGAAUGAGGUGACUUGAAUUUGUUUUCCUUUCCUGUUGCAUUUCUGGACUUUUAUUACAAUUAACUUAAUUUUAAAAAAAUUGAAAUUAAAUUGUUGGAGGAGAGGUGAGAGUAUUUUUUGGGGAGUGCAGAGGAAGCCGGUGAUAAGGUUUUUAUCCCAAGGGAAAGUAUUCCUAUGGAUUUUGGGUUGCUAUAUGUACAUCCAUGUAUGUCCUGCUAUAAAAAUGUUAAAUAUAAAAUACACUCAGCGGCAUUUUUGACCCCUCCCUCUCCCCUCCCUCCUUCCUCAUUUUAGAAGAGGAGCUUAAAGAACUAUCCCUUCCCUAUUUCUGCCUUUUCAUUUUCAGAAACUGACUUACUUAUAGUGGUUGGACUCAUUGACAGUCAUUAUGUGAUGAUAGAUUUUAUUUUUAUUCAAAGCAGUUAAUUUUUUUUUGUUUUAGUAUGCCUGCCUGAAAAAACAAAUAUCUUUCUCUCUUUUCCUUUUGUUGUCCAAAUUGCAUAUUGGAGAGGGAUGUAGCAAAAAGUUAUUUUGGGGGUUAAUAGUUAAUGAGACAACAUUUGCACCUUGACCCAGAGAGAAAAGAAAUGUUGGCUCUGAAAGAAUGUAAUGUUCCCAAGUAUUUUUUUUAAAUUUUGUUUGGCAGAUUAUUCAUGCUUUGGAUACAUACCCUGGAGUGAAGCUGAAUGUCUCACAAUAUUCUUGGUAUUACUCAGUUGUGGAAUUUUUUUAUGCUUUAUAUUUCUAAUGAUUUUAUGGCUUCUCAAUUCUUCAAUUACACUGUAAAAAUCUGCUCCUACUUAUUAAUAGCAGACAAGUGCAGAUAAUUACAUAACAAGAGUAUACCUCAUCUUCUUACAAAUUGUAGUUCUAACUUCCAGCUCCAAAUUUAGAAAAGUAUACCUUGUUUAGUGCAGAUGGUAACGAUGAUCUUUGGAAGUUGAAACUGGAAGUGAAGGAUGUUGUCCAAUAAAUAUAAUGCAAUCUAUAAAAUUUAACGUUGUCCAAGAAACUACUCUUUCUACCUAAUAAUCAAUACAUGAGCACCUUUAUUCAUCCAUUUCUUUUCAGGGAUAUGCCGUUUGCUGAACAACUAAAAGUAAGUUUAAUGUUUAAUCGUGAACAUCAAUGGUGACCUCUUGGUUGGUUUGUUUGUUUCAAUAACACAUUUUUUGUACAGAAGUUUAAUUUCGUUUUCUGCAUCUUUGUCAUGAGAAGUUUUUCCUUCCUGAACAAAUACCUAAAGCAACUUUCACUGUUUUACGAUUCUUAAUAUAAAUAAUAGCUAUAACGUUUUUACUCAUGUUAAAUUUUUUAUGUAUUUAGCGGAGCCAUAACACAGAUAUAUUUAUUGGAAUGCACGGUGCUGGUCUUUCUCAUGCCCUCUUUCUCCCUGACUGGGCUAAUCUCUUUGAGCUGUAAGUAAUAUGACGCAUCUAAGGAUGUUCAAAGGCUUUCUUGAUUUCCUUUCUUUCCAGUAAGUGAGCUAUGGUAAUCUCUAGCUAGUACUUUUAGUAUAGUUAGCAUAGAAUAUUUUAGUGUUAUUCAUGAGGGUUUUUUUUCUCCCAAGUUACAACUGCGGUGAUGUGAAUUGUUAUCGAGAUUUAGCACGACUCAGGUACGUAAAGUUCCUUUUCACGUUUUUUCAUUUGGGUUUCAAUAAUUCCUUGAAAAUCUAAAGAGCACUAAUUUGAACUUCAAAUUGUUUCUCUCUGAAAUAUGUUUUUUCAGGGGAGUCUCUUACACUACUUGGGAAAACGAGGACAAAGUUGUUGAACACACUGAGGUAACAAGCAUCUUUGAUUUUUUAAUUUUUAUCCUUUGAUGUCUGGUUUGCGGAAUUAUUUCCGUGCAAAGUGAAUAUUAGGCCUUCAUUCUUCUCUGUAUUCCAUUCAACAGCUGAGAUCAGACUUUUCUGGUGGAAACAGUUCUAUUUCUUAGAAUGAUUGUGGUGAAUUCAUAGCAGUAGGCGUAGAGCAGGAACGUAAACCAUAUUUAUUUAUUUUGUAUUUUUCAGGAACUACAUCCACGGUAUAGUGAUCAUCCCAAGUUUAGAAACUACGCAUUUGAUGUGCGUGAAUUUAUGAGGCUUGUGGAACGAACAGUGAAAAAAGUGAGACAAUCUAUAGAUGAGUACACAAAGAAGCGUGGUAGCUGACAUCAGGAAACUUUAAUGCGUCAAGAAACAAUGUUUCACUGGAGGCUAAAGCCCAGAGUGAUGCAAACUUUACUUCACCAGAUCGAGGACCCUCGACGUCAAAGAAAGUCCAGAAUCCAUCGCCGGGGAAAAUCAUUUAAGUCACAACUCAGUGUAAAACCUCUGAGAUCCCCGUGCCUUAAAGGAUGGUCUUAAUUUCUGGUCUCGAGGGAAACCGUUGGUUUGUUUUCCUAAGGGUCAGAGCGAAAUGAACAUUGAGGCUCUCGAGAAAACAAAACUAACUACUCCCAUCGAGACCGGAUUUUAAGCUUAGAGGAAUAGAUCGAAAGAUAGAAGGAGACAAAUCUUAGCAGGUGAAGAUAACUGCAAACGUGACAACUAUGGCAGCUUUUGAGUCUCCAUUAUUUUUCGGUUGUUCAUGCUCGAACAACUAACCGUGUCUCGGUUGGUUAAAGGUAUCGACUGCCUUGACAAUCACCAAUUAUGGUCUCGUGCUCGACAGUGAACGCUUUGCCCAUCCAACAUGAUUACGCAAAACACCGAAGUUAGACCGCACACAGGUUCGUUCUUACUCCCAGUCAAAUAAGGUAUCUCUUAGUGGAAUAAAGUAUCUCCACAACAUUUGCAUUUCUUCUUCUUUUGGUUAGUUGUCUGAGAACACCUUCUGCUCCUACAAGCUUCAUCGUUUAUUAUGCCAGCUUUACUAGACCAUUCAAACAGAAUGACAUAUAUAUGUAAACUGUCCAUCGCUAAAGAUGGAUGUGUUAUCUCUGACAAAUUGCUGAAUUUCACGGGCGAAGAGUGAUUUGUGUAUUACGAUGAUCCACAUAUUGAUUUGAAAAUAUUCAGUGGUAUCAAAGUCUACAGUGCAUCUGUUUUUAUGGGUCUGUAGCCUAUACCAAAGCCCUGGUAAAAAAAAAUGCGGGCGGAAACAGCGGAGUCAGGCCUCUCAUAACCACAACCGUCGUUCAUACCUUCCAUCCCUUAGCUUGUAAUAAGCUAAGAAAAGGUCGGCCCAGGCUCCACUGACCGAUAAAUCAAAGUUAAUUUAUUCCACCAAAUUGUAACGCAAUCCAACUCGACCAUCAUGCGGUGAAUCAAUCUUGGUGGCGAUCAAAAUGCGGCUGGUUUGCUUAGCUUCAGCGCUUAGGUUUCGCUUUCAAUCAUGGAGAUCAUCAAGGAUACACCAUGGGUCUAUUGCAGCAAUUGAUUGCAUCCUUUCACGGUGGAAUUCUGGACAUGUUCACGCAACAACACCGCCAGUGUUUGAUUCGAAAGUUGGAUUCACGGACUACGAGAAAGAGCGGAGAGAAUUUCACAUUAGAGUUCCAGAAUACUUUAACUUUGCCAAUGUUCUUGAUGAAUGGGCGCAAAAAGAGAAGGUUUGAACGAAAGUUUUCUGAUACCGAGUUAUUGUUCUCUAAUUCGUCUCGGUUGAUCGUCUAAUUUGUCAAUGAAUGUGAAAGUCAAAGUUCAACUGAUUUGGUUGAUCAGCGGCACGCGAAGUGUAAACGUCUCAGCUUCAGUAACCAUUUGUUUCAAAUUGCCAAUUUUUUUUCAUGAAAGCAUUCAAGGUUGGAAAUUUAUGACACGAGUUAAGUUUCUAGUGGCUCGAUUCGACGGAAAACUUAGUCACAGCUUUCUACGGCAGACUUAAAAUGAUUCAUUUUCAGUUUUGAAAUUCGCAUGGUACACCAGUGCGCUUGAAAGUGUAAUCAACACAAAAACCUAGCUUCAUAUCUUAAAACAAUAGAUCACGUAAUGCACCAUCAUUUUGCUUAAUUUUGAAUCAAAAUGGGUGAAAAUUCCGUUUUGUGGAGUUUGCGUGACAGCAUCAUUGUCACGUAACUGUUUGCGUUCCAUAUAAUCUCGAAUUUACAUGAGCAUGAAAAUUCACCUGUGUAAAAGAAAGAUGAUACGUCGCUCGCUAUAAAACCUACCUUACAAACGCAGAACUAUAUGUCAAAUGAUAUUCUAAAACUUCUUGAAGAAAUUUUGUCCUUCUCACCUUUGCGAAUGGUGAAUUGUGGCAAUCCAGUGCACUCCUUAAAACUCAAUUUAAUUUUCACAAUUUUUUCGUAAACUUCAUUAUUUCUUAGACAGGAGAACGAACAGAAAAUAACCCAGCCUUCUGGUGGGUCGACGAUAAAGGAAAAGAAAUAAAAUGGUCAUUCCAGAAUCUUACAGAAAACAGCAGAAGGUGAAUAUUAAGAAUGCAUCACGUAGCCCGUAAUUUUUGGUACUGAGACUUUAUCAGUUGAGGGGGCAGCAAAUUAAGUUGUGUUUCAUACAGUGAAGAGCUGAUCUCAGUAGAUUUGUCAUCGGCAGUUCUUAUUUCCAAAACGUUUAUGGUCUCCUUCAGUGAUGUUGUGAAAGGAAGUAGCUGCAUGUAUCUUCUCCUUUUAUUUUCAAGAACUGCGAAUAUUCUAGCGGGUGCAUGUGAUGUCCAGAGGGGGGAUCGUGUCAUGGUCAUUUUGCCGAGACUUCCAGAAUGGUGGCUCAUCAAUAUCGCUUGCCUACGGACAGGUAUAAACUGGUAGUUAUAAUAUAUACUUUCAAAAUCACAUCAUUUCGGAUACCACCUAGGUUUAUAGCACUAUGCCUUAUUCCCUUUGCUCUGUCUGUAAAUUGAGGUUUCAAUCAGGUGUACAUACAUAUCUUUCCCGUUUCUGUAUAUCUUCCGUUUUGGGGUGCACAUACUUUAAAUUUGGUCGCCUUUUAUCAGCAUUUGACAUUUUGCAAAUUAGCCGUUGUAGCAGGACAAUAAAGCAUGAGAGUUGCAAUCUUGCACGUUACCUUUUGUUUUUUCUUCUGUAUUUUUUAUUCUCACGUCUCUUAUGGACAAAGCACACUUCUUUCAAGUCCAAAGAAUCCGAUUAUUUAUUAGGUAAUUUAGUGUUAACAACUGAGUUGAAAACGUAAAUUGGCCACCGUUUUACUCUUUACGGUGGCCAAUUUAUGUUUUCAACUCAGUUGUUAACACUAAAUUACCUGUUAUGCUCUCCCACCGACGCAGCACCACAGUUUCUUUAGAAACUUACCCCUUUAUUCAAUUAUUUAUUAAUUUCUCUUUGGUUUGUCAAGUAACGCUUAUUGCGUGACAUCUCAAGGUCUGUGGAGAAGACCAGUUAGUGAUAUGUUGGGUUAAUUUUUUUAAGGAACUAUUAUCAGUCCUGGAUCAACUCAGUUACGAGCGAAAGACAUCGAGUCACGGCUGCUGGCUUCUAAGGCGACUUGCAUCAUUGCAGACCAGGAAAGUGCUGCGUUCGUCGAUGAGGUACAUUAUUGAAAGAGUUAGGUGUUAUGGCGGUUAGACUUAGUCGCAAAAAACAAUCUUAUAUUUUGCUUUAAAAAAUAAGAUUACUGUAAUGAAUAUUUUGCAAAAAGAGAGAGCUCUUUUUUUAAUCUCUCAAGGUAAAAAAAACCCAACCUUUUUUUGCAUAUCAUAAACCACUUACUGGUUAGAGGCGACAAAACGGAACCUGUUUCAACUUCUUGGCAGAGUCGUGUAUGGUUACUUUGUUUCAAACUGUGCUGAAAUUUAAAGCACACAUAUGGUGUGAAUAGUAAGAUUAUUCUUAACAAAGGCAGUAGGUUACUUCUCUAAGAAAGUCCGGAUAGUCUGUGAAAUUAUGUUGAACUUGUAUGCAGUUAUCAGCAACUCGUCAGAAACAAAAGAGAUAUUAGGUGAAUCUUGAAAGUCAAAAAAGUUUUUGAGGUCCUUGUUGUUGAAUGAUAACAUUGUGAAUAAAUGAUCGGUAGAUGAUCAACCAGAAACGACUUGGAACUGCAUUAAAUUUGUCUAAUAAAAUGUUGACAGCUUUUCUCUUUCAUUGAAGGUUGCUAAUUGUUCACCAUAUUUGAAAUCUAAGUUACUCGUGAAAGAAGAUGAAAAGACUCCAGACAGGUAAAGACAGUCCUUUCUUGGUGUCAUUAUAUCAAAUAAUACUCAAGGGUUAUAUUGACUUAAGCAUUUUUUUGUGUUUUAGGAGAGGGUGGCUUCCUUUCCAAGACCUCUACGCUCAGGCUUCGAAUGAGCAUCAAGUAAGUACUCUUAUUUCCAACAAUUUGUGGAUAUCAAUAUACUACGAUACUAUUUUUAGAGUUAGCUCUUCGAUUUGGUGAAGAUCCUGCCGUUUCAUUUAAUUAUCUAGGCGAAUUCUCUCUCUGUGUGAACACGAGAUAUUGGGUGUUGUUAAAUGUUUUUCAGUGCGAAGAAACACUGAGUAACGAACCAGUGACAGUGUUUUUCACAAGUGGAACAACAGGACUCCCAAAGAUGGCAGAGCACACACACGCUAGUUGUGGUUUGGGGCACAUUACAACUGGAAAGUAAGUCUGAUGUAGCGGUCAAGACUUAUAGUUGCACAUUAUUGAUUUCAUCGUAACUUGUCGGGCACUGAAGACUUACGCUGGUUAUUUCAAGGGGAUUUUCUCAAGACCACUUCGCCUUUUUCUCACGUUUUCUUGUGGUUGGUAAGGUAACGAGAUAUGACGUCAAGAAGUGGUAUCAGGUUAUCAUAGAAGUCAAUUUCAUGUUUUCUUUAUUAUUUUUGUGGAAAAUGAUACGACAGGCACCCAAAGAGAAAAAGACAAAGCUUAGAAUGAAAAAUGUUGAAAUAAGAUGUUUCCGUCUGUUGAUGGCUAACUUUGAAAGCAAAAUCCAAGAAAAUGACCGUUAGUUAGCGUGUCCGUAGGUAAAGCAGUUUCAUUUCAUUUUAAAAGCAAACCUUCAGUGUUGUUCAGAUUUCACUGACACUGUUUUAACACUCGUGAUUUAUCGAGUUGCUUGUAUUCGCUCAGUUCGAAAUACCUUUGCUUCGCUACACAGAUUUUGGUUGGACAACAUUCCUGAGGAUGUCCACUGGAACCUCUCUGACACGGGCUGGGCAAAAUCUGCGUACAGCAGCUUUUUUGGCCCAUGGUCUCAAGGUGCCUGCGUAUUCGUGUACCAUAAGGCACGUUUUGAGCCCGUAGCUAUAUUAGAUGCGCUGCAAAAGUACCCAAUAAGCACGUUUUGCUCGGCCCCCACAGCCUAUCGAAUGAUGAUCCAAGAGGACCUUAGCAAAUACAAGUUUCCGUCAUUGAGGCACUGUAUAAGCGCAGGAGAGCCUUUAAAUCCUGAGGUCGGAACUGAGUGGCGAGAGAUGACUGGGCUGGAGAUAAGAGAAGGAUAUGGUCAAACUGAAACUGUAAGUUUAGCCAAACAAGAAGAUGCGAUCAAUUUUCCUUACGUACACAAAUGAAUCUCCUUAGUAGGACUACGCUAACUUAACUUUCACGCCAGUUUAGUCCUCAGUUAGGUACAAAAAAUGGCAUUUCCGAUUAUCGUUCUACAGUAAAUAGAAAGAUUUUUUUCUGGUGAUGUUAUUUGGCAGCAAACAUUAUCAGGGACUGUCACCGCAUAUUAAGCACGUCGGCACUCUAAGUAACUGGUUUUUACACAUAGUGUAGGAACAUAGACAGUUAAUCUUGACCUCAAAAUUACCGUAAUCUAACAAAUUGGCGAUUCUUUGAUAUAUCAGUGGUCACAUUUUCUAAAUUUCGUUAUUCAACUUAAGACCCUGCUGUGCGGCACCUUUCGUUGCCUCGAAAAUCGGCCAGGAUCCAUGGGUAAGCCCGCGCCAGGAUGCAACUUAAAGGUUGGUGAAUUUUCCAGUUAUAUUUGUCCUUUGAAGCAAGUUUUUCAUUUGAUACCGACGGGUGGUGUUAGUGGUUAUGAUGGGGAUUGUUUUAUUGCACAAAAUGUCCUUUUUGGCUUUACGACAGGAAUCACUCUUAAACUUUCUGUCACCAAACCGCAUACUUUGGGGAAAAAGUUGAGUUCGAAGCAUUGUAAGCAGAUAAAUGCAAAUUUGAUAAUAUAUAAAAAUUUUAAACGAAUACCGUAAAAUUAAAAAUAGGAAUUAGUUAUCUCUCUAUAUCCAGUUAACAGUCACUCAUUUAGAGUUAUUAUUUGAGUUCAUACAGCAUAAAGAACAAAAUCAGUCUAAUUUUUCAGAUUGUGGAUGAACAAGGGAACGAAUGCCCGGAUGGAGUAGAAGGUGAAGUUGUUGUGGAAGUUUCAUCAAACAGACCUGUGGGACUUUUUACUCGCUACGUGGUAAUUUUCACAUUUUCAAUUUAACAUGUUUGUUUCUUUUAUAGCAUAUUAUCUUUAAAAAAAAACAUGAAAAAAAACAAAACAAAACAAAACAAAACAAAAACAGGCCCCUAUGCGACAGUGUUCUUCGCUGAGAUAAACAAUGUCGUUACUCCAGAAAAACGAUUUAGGGCCUCUAGUUUAAUUUAUUAACAUAACCAGAUUGUGUUAGAGAGCAAAAAUCGGGUAAAAUACCAUAGAUUAAACACUCUAAAACGAAUCAGACUUUCGGCUCAGGUGUUUUUUUUCCUUAUACAGGAUGAUCCGGAUCGAACAAAUGCUGUGUUGCAUGAUAAUUGCUAUUGGACCGGUAAAUGAAAAGUGAUCGUAAAUGUUAAAUUUUAGUCCCUAGAUCUAGAAAUCUUAGUUUUUCCCAAAGCAUGCAUAAUGUUCGCCACAUUCUUAGAUAGUCUUCAUGACUAAACUUAAUUAUGAAAUUACGGCCGAUGCUUUUUGAUGAAAUUUUAUGAACCAGAGACCUUGUCGACGUUUGAUGUAUGACCUCUGUACCUUCUUUAAGUUUAGAUCAAUCCACUAAAACACCUUGGACCUUUAAAAUAUAGGAUCUUGUUUUAUCUCGGCCUGCUGUAAAAAACAACGAACAAAAACAAAGUUUAUUUAUUUUAGCAAUUGAAAUACAUAUCUAACAAUCCCAACCCGCAAAAUACCGAAGCUAAUCGAGGCGGAAGGAAAACAAACAUUAAAAUAAAUUCUUCAAUAACAGGUUUGACUUGACAGAGGAAAUGACCAAGAGAGCCUGUAUACACACAAACAAUCAAAAAAAAAACAGAACGAGUUGUAGCGUGAUGAUAGAAGACUUUGGGUCCAUCAAAGAGUUAUCAUAGCUCUUAACUGUACCUGUAUUUUUCUCAUCUUGAACAUUACGCUUUAGGUGAUAAAGCUUACAAAGACAAAGACGGCUACUUUUAUUUUGUUGGUCGAUCUGAUGACGUCAUACUCUCAGCGGGGUUGGUAGCUUAUAAUGUAGAUUAAACAAUAAUAAUAAUUUCAAUAAUAAAUGUGUAAAUAAAUCAGUAGGUGAAAGGCAUCUUAGUAACAGAGUAGAAACAACACGUAAACGAACGAGCAAAUGAGUUAGGUACUUUUUGAUUAAAUAAGUAGAAGUGAGUUUGCCAAAAUGUCACACUAAGCCUGAUUGGGAUUUGAACAAAGACUCAGAACAACCCCCAAGGUCAAGGUAAUAGUAAAAAAAUAGAAUCAUCUCACUUUUAAUUCAAACGCAAGUGAAACCAACUCAUCUCCCGCGAUCUGAAGGAAAUCAUAAGGUGUAUCAUUUGUGGAGCGUACCAUUUGUUAACGUUCCUAAAAGCCCCAUGAAUAUGAUCAGAGAUUGAAAUAGAAAUUGUUAAUACCUGUGACAAAAUAGCUCGUAGCUGGUAUGACGCGGCUUUUUGUCUCGUCAAAGAAACUCAUCAGAUACCUUUCAGAGUUUCUAAGAACAAUCGUUGAGCAUCGCGCGCCAUGUGCUGUUUACAAAGUUAAGAUGUUAUCACUCGGAACCCUCCAUCGCAGAAGUAGUCCAAACCUUUUGCAUACAAGUUACAUUCACGCGGUGGAAGAUUGUCAAAUACUCUUUAAAAUUAGUCCACAUUUAUUUUGUUACAUAUUUUGCUUUUUUUCCCUUGUGUACAUUUUUCGUUUUCUUCUUGUUUAUUUGUGUUUGUUUGAAUUUUUAAGCUAUCGAAUUGGUCCAUUCGAGGUUGAGAGCGCCUUGAUAGAACACCAAGCAGUCGCAGAGGCAGCUGUUGUCAGUAGUCCCGAUUCCCUAAGGGGGGAGGUGAGAUGAGUGGACUUUGAUAGGGAGGUAUAAGGAGAAGUCCUCGUUUAAGUAACAAAUAUCUUAAAGGAUGCUCACCAGCCGAGAUGUACAUUUGGACCCACACACAUAGGAGCCGUUAUAAACUAAGAUUAAUAUGAGGAACAGGUUAUUAUUUUAAAACUGAAUAUCUUGGCAGACAUUAAAACUGUGAUACUCUAAAAAAAAUUAAGCUUUGUGUUUUUCAUAUUUUAUCCUUAUGAUACCGAGCUAACCAAAUUGAAGCGUAUACUCGAUGAAAACGUCUUCAAAUAGUUUGCCCAAAAAAAGCUCAUGAGGUAAACUUCUGGAAGUAUUUAAUUGUUAACUUCCUUGUUCAUUUUUUUUCGUUUUUGUUUAGAUUGUGAAAGCCUUUGUUACUCUCUCACCACAUUUUACUGGAGACAAAGAAGCAUUGGUCCAGGAAUUACAAGACCACGUGAAAGAAACAACAGCACCGUACAAGUAUCCGAGAAAGGUAACCUGUCGCGACGGCUACAUCGACCUUGGCUGAACAAGGAAUGAACUAAAACGUACGCUUGAGAAAUUCCACUAGGAAUGACGAACAUGUGAAAUGUUGAAAUGCCUGUAAAUUGCUAGUACGUUGUGGUAGGUCGCUGGAGAAAUUGUAAGCGUUGGUUUUGGAGGUGGUAGAUUUAAAGAUUGAAGCAAUGAUUUUGAAAAAAGGCUUCGCCAAAAGAACAUUUUGAAUUAAAGAAAAUAGACCUUUCCACAAUGGCGUAAAUGAUUAUUAUCCUUUGAUACAAAUUAUGCAUUUUAGCCCCCUGAGCUCGCUUUUACGCGAAAAUCCUGUUGUUUUUAAAGUUGUCGAGGCCAGGAAGGCUAAUAUACAUAAAUGUAAGAGAUUAGCAUUCUAUCCCGCUACUUGCAUGUGAAAGAGGGGUGUACACUCUACUUUAGGAAACGAAUCUUUUAAUGUACUCAUUUCCUGAAUUACUUUGCAGAUUGAGUUUGUCGAUAGCUUACCCAAGACAGUCAGCGGCAAGAUUAGAAGAGUAGAACUGAGACAGAAGGAAUGGUCUUAAAUGAAAUAUAA